UUUUUAUUAUAGAUGCAAAAUCUCGAAGUAUUCAUUCAUUUUGUGUGAGAUAUGAUCGUUUCUGCGUGCUAGAAUGAGUACAUACAUAUUUCGGUUUCUGAAUAGAAGGAACGCGGUGCAACUGGGAAGUACUUAGUAAAUCAAUCCUUCCUCUUUUCUUCGUCUCGGAACAUUCGUGGCACACAAAUAGAGCUAUAUAUUUGUAAAAGAUACAGUUUGCUUUUUCGACGUAAAAAAGAGUGAGAGGCAGAAUUCGCGGGGAACUUUUGAAGAAAGAAGUAGUGAUAACUGCGCAAAUCUGUGCAAAUUCACAGGCGCGGAUGUUCACGUGGACUGGCGUGGACCCGAUCCGUCAUACGUGACUUUCAGUUCCAGUGGCAUGCGUAUGAUGUGUAUAUAAACAAUUAAUCUUCACGUCGAUUGACAAUCUCGCCCGGAUAUGAACCUCUCGACAACGAUCGAAAAGUCUGCGAAGGGUGAGGCAAAAGUCGCCGAAGUAAUAGAAAAUGUUCGGGACGAUCCGUAUGACAUGGAAAGAUGUGUUGGUUGGAUCCGGACGAAUGCCUUAAAACAGGUAUGCCUACAAUUUCCAGAUAGUUUGUUGCCAAACUCAAUAGAGGUUGCGCUACGUUUAGAGAAGAGCAUAGGACAGAAAAUGUAUAUCUUAGGAGACACAACUUGUGGUAGCUGUUGUGUCGAUGAGGUAACAGCGCAACAUAUUAACGCGGAUGGCAUAAUACACUUUGGACAUGCUUGCCUUAGUCCUACUGCACGUUUGCCGGUCUUUCACGUUUUGCCAAGAAAGCAAUUAAAUGGGACAGAGCUUAUUAACGAAUUCAAACGAGUUUUUUCCGAUUACAUGAAGAAGAUUAUAUUUUUCUACGAAGUAUCAUACGCACAUAAAAUUGAAUAUGUAUAUAAUAUAUUGAAACCUAUAUAUAAACACUUGAUUUUGUCUAAAUUAAAUUGUACAUCGAAUGUGGAAUAUACAGAUGCAAAAGCGAGUUCGGCUUCAGUUGUCUUAGGUAGAAAUUACUCGUUAGAAAAUGGAUAUAAUGUACAGGAUUAUGAAGGGUUUUUUUGGGGUGAGAAGGAAAAAAUUCUUGCAUUAUUGGCGAUGAGUAUACCUGUGAAAAGGUGGUAUUGUUUCACAAAUGAUAAAAUUAGUGAGUUUGAAGCUUUGAAUACACCUUGGUUGAAACGGAGGAGAUUUCUAAUAGAAAAACUGAGGGAUGCCAAAGUUGUGGGAAUUGUUGUAGCUACGUUGGGCAUUCAAGAUUAUUUAACAGCUAUAAAUACAGUAAAAAGAAUCCUCAAGCAGAAAAAUAAAAAGUCUUAUCUUCUUAGCGUAGGAAAGAUAAAUCCUGCCAAACUUGCAAAUUUUCCAGAGAUUGAUGCUUUUGUUGUGAUUACUUGUCCAGAGAAUGAAAUUUUUGACUCGAGAGACUUUUUCAAACCAAUACUUACGGUGUACGAAGUUGAAUUGGCAUUUAACAGCGCAAGGGAGUUCUGUUCGCAAUAUUUUAUGGACUUCCGGCAGGUAUUACCGGGUGGUGAACAUUACGUCAACUUUAAGCCAUCAGUGGAUUCAGAUGUCUCUCUCAUUAGUAGCAAUAUCAGAAAUUGCGAGGAUGACACUUUAUGUACAGAUCAAAUGAAUGCUUUGACUGUUCGUUCGUCGGGUACUGUUGCCAUUGGUAAGGCUGGAGCUCAAUAUUUACAAGAAAGAUCCUGGAAGGGUGUCGAACAAAGGCUAGGUGAAGAUCCGGUACAGCCAGCAGAAAUUGGUCGCACUGGAUUAGCGUGGGAGUAUACGAAUGAAACUUUAAAAACAAAUAACGUGCAAACGGAAUAAAUAGUGCUUCUAAACGUA